GCCAACGACACUGGCAUUUAUAAAGAAAAGUAGAAGUGCUGCACCUUUGCGCAGCGGCCGCCUUUAGCUGAAAGGUCCCCUCUGAGUGCACAAAGGCAGCUGCUGUAGGAACAGUUCAGUGCGAGAGACGAGCGCUGAGAGGCGUAAUAAACAAUCUCCGGCUAGCUACAGACAGGGACGCGGACUCGAAGUAGCUCCCCGGCCCAAGCCCGUAGUUUUACUCCGCGAAACCGGAUUCCAUCGUCAGGUUAAGACUUAUACAGAGUUCCAGCAGGAUGGAGGUUGAGAUGGAGGAGAUCCCCCAGGACGAGCCCCAACCUGAGCCUGAGAGCCAUGUUACCAGAGACCAGUGCUGCCAGACAGACGAACCACAGCCCAGCAGCCCUAACCCAAUGACUGACCUUAACCCUGGCCCCGACGCAGCCCCCAGGACACCAGGGUACUGCGUGGAGCCAGGUGACCCUCCUCUGUUGCAGCUGCAGCUCCAGACCUCCAAGUCUGGCAUCCAGCAGAUCAUAGAGGUCUUCCGUUCAGGUACUGCCCAGCUAAAGCACAUGCUGCUGAAUGAGGUGGACACCAUCUUUGAGUGUAAGACAUGUCGCAGCUUGUUCCGGGGCCUGCCCAACCUCAUCACCCACAAAGAGUACUACUGCCUCAUCAAACUGCCCAAGCCCGACGAUCCAGCGGGCGAUGGGGACAAGCAGAGCGGGGCCAUGAAGGACCUCCUGGAGGCCAUCUACCCCAGGAAGGACCGGCCGGACUACGUGAUGCGCCUGGAGCCAAUCCAGACCUCCAAUAACGCUGUGUUCCAGUUCCUGUCCUCAGAGGAGGAGCUGGCCCACUUCCCCCGGGCUCCACACACCCCUGGAGGGACCCACACACACAGCCCUGAGCCCUGGGGGGAGCAGGGAGGGACGCCGGAGAAUGGACAGACAGGAGAGGGGGAGGAGAGGAGGAGGAGUGACCAGGAGGAGGAGGAGGGAGGAGAGGAGGUGGCGCAGCCCGAGGAGGAGGGGUCUACGAGCGGGGUGGAGGACGUUACCAUCUCGUGCUGCCUGUGUGGUAAGGACUUCAACUCUCGCCGCAGCAUCCGCCGCCACUGUCGCAAGAUGCACCAGACCAAGCUGGAGGAGCUCCGGAAGUUCACCGAGACGCGCACCGUUCCCAUCAGCCUCCUCUCCAUGGUCAAAGGUCGGUCCCGCCCCUUGCACACGCCCAGCGGCAAGUCCUGCCCCGUCUGCUUCAAGUCCUUCGCCACCAAGGCCAACGUGCGGCGCCAUUUUGACGAGGUGCACCGCGGCCUGCGUCGGGACACCAUCACGCCGGACAUAGCCACGCGCCCCGGCCAGCCGCUGUCUCUGGAGGCCACGCCGCCCCGCAAGAGCGCCAGCUCCUCCCCCGCGAGAGGUCACACCCCGAAGAGCGGAGGAGCCUCGGGGGCUACCACCCCUCAGCCGCCCAAAGCCUCCACCGCGGUGCCCCCUGCCCCUUCUCUCCUGGCAUCGGCCCUGUACAACCUGGCCUCCUGCCGCUGUCUGCUCUGCAAGAGGAAGUACAGCUCCCAGGUCAUGUUAAAGAGACACAUGCGCAUCGUCCACAAGAUCUACAAUCUCAAGAACGUUAGCUCCGUCUCCACGACCGCAACCACAUCCACGGUGACCAACAGCAAAACAGCCACCAACACUGACAGCACCCCUAGCAACAGCACCCCUAGCAACAGCUUGAGCAUGAAGGAGGAGGCGGUUGAAUCCUGGGACGACCCUGACUCCAGCCCCGCCUCGUCGCCUGGCGACACGGACAGGAAGGGCGUCAACGUGGCAACCAAGUCAGGUCAAAAGAUCAAAGAGGAAGAGGGUGGGAGCAGCCCCAAGACAUCAACUCGUUCUACUUCCAUCAACAGCACCGGUGGUACUAGUAGCGGGACUCUUGGGAGACCCCCUCAGAAGCUCUCGGUGGGGUUCGACUUCAAGCAGCUGUUCUGCAAGCUGUGCAAACGUCAGUUCAGCUCGCGCCAGAACCUCACCAAGCACAUCGAGCUGCACACGGACGGGACGGACAUCUUCAUCAAGUUCUACCGCUGCCCGCUCUGUCGCUACGAGUCCCGCCGCAAGCGCGACGUCCUGCGCCACGUGACGGUGGUGCACAAGAAGUCGACGGGCUACCUGGCCAAGAUCGUUCCCAAGCUGGAGUCGCGAGCGGUCAAGCGGCCGGCUGAGGUGGUCCUCAACUCUGCCCCCAAUGCCAACAACAACAAGAGAGGAGGACCAACAGUCAAGGAGGAGGUGAACGGGUGCCACUCGGCCCCCUCUCCCCCUACGCCCCCAGUCACACGCAAACAGGAGCUCCUCAACUCCUCCUCCUACCCAGUCACACGCAAACAGGACCUCCUCUCCUCCUCCACUCCGGUCACUCGCAACCAGGAGAGACAGGAGAGGCAGCAGGAGGCCCAAACCGGGUCACCUGUCUCCCGUAAGAAUGACAAACAACACCCCGACACCUCUGCCCCGACGCCGCCCCACACACGUCGCCAUGACGCCCACCAGGAGAGCAGCAGCAGUAGCACAGAGGUGCGUGUCACCAAGAACUUCUCGCUCCACUCGUGUGACGUGUGCGGCCGGGCCUUCGCCAAGAAACUCUACCUGGAGUCCCAUAAGAGGAGCCACCGGAACGCCACGCCACCGGUCAGCACACCGCCCAGCGGCGCCAGGGCUAAGGGGGUCAGCACUCGGUCCAAGGCAAUGCUCUGAUCCCCAGUCUCGUCCCACUCCCGGUUCUUGGGAGCCUCCAUCCCGAGAUGAGAGACUUAACGGAUGAAGGAGCGCCGCUAACGAUGAUGAAGAAAGGAACUGGACUGGAAAACUGAAACAGAGAGAGAGAGAGAGAGAGGAAGGGGUGAAAGAAGGGGAGACUUCACAUCUAAGUAUUGUUGGAAUUCGACACUAGAAGGAGGGAUGGGAUAGUAAGCCAGAGGUGUGGAGCCAGUGGACACUAAAUCUGUGGAGGCACUGAUGCUAUCACACUGCUGUGUGUAGGUUACGAUCACUGUAUGUACAUGUAGAUAUAUAUACACACACACACACCUGGACCUGGUCUUGACCUGAGCCUGUAUAAACCUUAGGGGUCGGGAGAGAAGAGAGCAGGGUUGGGAGCGCUCUUAGCACACCAUAGAUAUCCCAUAUCUGACCAGUAGAGGGUGCUCCAGUUCUGCUUUAUAGGAUCAGACUUUAAGGUAGGGCUCUCCAACCCUGUUCCUGGAGAGCUACCCUCCUGUCGGUUUUCACUCCAACCCCAGUGGUCUCUUACCUGAUUCAUCUUAUCAACUAGGUAAUUAUUAGAAUCAGGUGUGCUAGAUUAGGGUUGGAGGGAACCUACAGGACGGUAGCUCUCCAGGAACAGGGUUGGAGAGACCUCCCCUGUGUAGGUUGUGAAGUUGACCCAGCCAGAGCCAGCGGUUAGUGGUUUAUUUCCUCAGAUCAUAGUAGGCUCAUAGUAAGCUAUCCAUCCACUGGGAAGGACUCCAUAUUAACUCAGUUCAUCCAGAUAGGCUUGAGUUUUUCUGGCAUUGCAAGAGAUAUGGUUUGUGUGAUUAACUGACAGAGAAAGAUUAGUAGGUAGCUGACCAGCGAUACCCUGGCACAUUGAAUAGAUGGUGACCCAUUGAUUGGUGUAACGGUUUUCUUGAGUUGAAGGAGAGGAGGACCAAAAUGCAGCGUGGCUAUUUAGAUUCAUGUUUAAUGAAUACGAACAGUACAAAAACAAUAAA